AUGAAACUGAUAUUUGUAGUGUCCCUGGCAGUCUUGGUGGGGGUCUGGGCUCGGGAUGUUCCCGAGAGUGUGGCUGUCAAGUCCGGCACGGACUGGAAGCCAUCGGUUUUCGCGACGGUCAUCACCUAUCCCGAUGACUACAAGGAGCUGAGGUCGACGCCCAAGCCCUCCUCCUACCUCAAGGAGUCGGACCUGCCCGAGGCCUUUGAUUGGCGCAACGUCAAUGGCACCAACUUCCUCAGCACCACCCGGAACCAGCACAUUCCCCAGUACUGCGGUUCCUGCUGGGCGCACGGUGCCACCUCCUCCCUGGCCGACCGCAUGAACAUCAAGCGCGGCGGCGCCUGGCCCUCCGCCUACCUCUCCGUCCAGAACGUGAUCGAUUGCGGCGGCGCGGGCUCCUGCCACGGCGGCUCCGACGUGCGCGUGUAUGAGUACGCCGCGCGCCACGGCAUCCCCGACGAGACCUGCAACCUGUACGUGGCCGCCGACCAGCGCUGCAACCCCAAGCACCAGUGCUUCACCUGCUGGCCGGGGACGGGGUGCGCGGCGGUGCCCACCCACCGCCGCCUGACCGUGGCCGAGCACGGCCGCGUCAGCGGCGUGGCCGACAUGAAGGCCGAGAUCUACGCGCGCGGACCCAUCAGCUGCGGCAUCGCCGCGACGGAGGGCCUGGACGCCUACAACGGCGGGCUGUACGCCGAGUUCGCGCCCUCCGCCAGCAUCAACCACAUCGUGUCGGUGGUGGGGUGGGGCGUCGAGGACGGCGUGGAGUACUGGGUGGUGCGCAACUCCUGGGGCGAGCCCUGGGGCGAGCGCGGCCUCUUCCGCAUCGUCACCUCCAAUGCCUUUGCCGGGCAGGGCGGCAACUUCAACCUCCUCCUGGAGACAGCCUGCGCCUGGGGCGUGCCGGACGAUUGGGUGGAUGCCGAGCUGCUGGAGCCCGUGGUGUACGACGAAGAUGACGAGGAGGAGGAGGACGCUGCCCGGGCCGCAGCGUGA